AGUCGAUCGUUGACUGCGGCCGUGGGAGGACGGUAGGGUCGACAGUCGCACGCUAUCUGAAUAUAGAUCGGGAUUGGUUGACGGUUCUCCCGUAAGCCCCGCCUACCAGGUGGUCGUUCGAAAGUGUAGUUGUGUAGUUCCUUACGACGAAACGACGGGCGCUGCUCUCUCCCCAACGUAUCCAAUCGCGAGAAAAUCUGAAAUGAGACGUGUCGGCGCGCUAAUAUGUGACGGUUGAGAGGAAACGAGGACCAGGAACGUGCGAGAGGGUGGUUUACGCGCGGGUGCUACCACUUUCGAAGCGUGACGAGGAGAACGAACCGCGUAAAGAAGUGGCGGAGGUGGCGAGCGUGAAAGAAAAUAAUAACGUCGAGAAACGAGAGAAAAGACGACGCGUGUGUGCCAGAAGUACGGAGUCCAGUGUGAGAGAAUAAUCCUCUAUUUCGGCGGGGGGGAUCCUAUGUCUAUCUCUCAUCCUCUCUCUCUCUGUGUAUUUCUGCCUUCUAUUUUUUUUUGUCUCUUCCUUUCUGUUUCUAUCCGCCUUUAUCCCGGAUAAAAAUAUCGUCGCGACAUAGUGUCUUUUUCAUCGAAUAGUAUGCUCCGUAUCGUAUCGGGGGGAUAACAAGUAAAAGAUAGAAAAGUGCUUCGUUUAACCAACAAGGACGUCAGCUGUGUGCGCUUUUACGAGAGGGACGUGUGCGAGAGAGAAGCCGCUGCUGAGAGACAGAGAAAUGGCGGCGCUGGUGGCAGGUGUCCAGUAUGGUUUGUCGUCACACAGUAAUUUUCACGAAAACAAGUCCCUGAUCUUCGUGAAGCUCACCGACUCGGCGCAACGUGCCAUCGAGGACUUCCUCAGAAAUCGGAACAAGACCAGCCAGAACCCUACUAUACAGUUCCUAGGAAAUGAAGGGCAACUCUCCUUUCCAUCCACGCAAUCCAGUCAUGGAUCGGCAGGCUUCACGUUCAGCCUUUCCGGCAACCAGGACAUCGAGGGUCCUCAGGGUGGUUUCGAGUGCAUCCAACAAACCGGCCCCAAGAGUCUGGAGAGCCUUGGCGCAUUGCCGUGUAAAAUGCGGAUACAGGCGAACGACGACGUGUACGAGACAACCAGGCAUCGAAUGGCCGUCGCCGAGGAGAAUAACAAGAACAAAUGCACCAGGGUUAUCAAGGCAAACGGACCGGAUAUCGGACGCAAGGUGAAGGUGAAAUCGAGCGGACGACCCAUACCGUCUCCAUCGAAUUCGAGGCAUCGGGAAUCGACGAGCAUUCCAACUUCCGGUAGUCAGUCUAGACUGUCUUCCUCUUACAAGCCAGCCGCUAGCAACCCACCACCGUCCCGAAAUCAACCGGAGAAAAAGAUCUCCGAUAUUAUGCGCAGGCCAUUGAAGGAGAGACUCAUACAUCUCCUCGCUCUGAGGCCAUACAAAAAGCCUGAAUUGUAUGAUCGCAUAAAUAGAGAGGGCAUCAAGGAUCGAGAACGUAACGUGAUGACGACGAUUCUGAAACAGGUAGCCUUCAUGAGGGACAACACGUAUCAUUUGCACAGGUACGUUUGGAACGACGUGCAGGAAGACUGGCCUUAUUAUACCGAACAGGAGAAAGCGAUGCUGAAGAGGAGAAAACCUCAGAAUCUUACUCCUCCUGGUUCCAGCGACGGUGGAUCCAGCGGUAGCGGACAAUCACCAAAUUCCACGCAUCCAGGUUCCCCGCCCGCGAUCACGGCGCCUCCACCUUCUCUGUUGAGCAACAAACGACCAGGCUACUAUCAAGGCAACGACGGACUACCUACGAAGAGACCCCGGAUAUCCCAUUACAAAAAACCGGAGACAAAUUCCGGCUCGUCGAAUGCAGGAGAGAACGGAAGGACGGCUGGUGGUGGUAGUACUAACAGUGUUAACAGUGCGGUUGCCGGUGGAGCCGGUGGUAACAGUGCUAGUGGCAGUGGUGGUGGGAGCGGUGUGGCUGAUGGCUGGGACCAGAGGCAACAUCAGCGUGAUCGUCGUAACGAGUAUCGAGCUGAAAGAACAGCGAACAGUGAUGUGCUGCGGGGUGGCAACUACGGCACUGGUAAACCGUGCCUGACGCCUACCAGUGAUAGUGAAGAAACCGGCCAGAUAGGACAUCGCGAUGCCAUCGUAGCGAGCACAGGGACGUCCGGGAGCACCGCCAGCAACAACGCGGCCAACAGCCAUAAUUCUCAUAGUAGUGUAGCCCAUAGUAGUUCACUGAGCGUCGGUCGUCACCACCAUGCCGGUAAGUCGGCGACGUCCGGUGCCGAUGGCAAUGGGUCGACGUCUGUGGAUUACGCGGCACGUUCGAUGCCCAGUGUCGUGAGUGAAGGUGGUAGUGCAGGUAGUUACAGUGGUAGUUCGAACGGAAUACUCGCCGAGAGGAGAGACAGGAGCGAUCGAAACGACAGGGGUCGAGGUAGCGACAGGGAUCGGGAGACUAGGAAAAGAAACAACGCGGCUAGCAGUAACAAUUACACCGAUCUUACAACACCCGACUAUGCCGGCAACGAGGACAACACCGUCACUACGUCGACCUGCAGUCUCGAUUUGGCGGAGAGUCCUAAAUCAUCGGAGUAUCCGGACUACCUCACGUACUACACGACAAUAAGCAGCGCGGAACAGAGAAGACGUUACAAGGCGGAAUUCAACGCCGACUACGAGGAGUAUCGAAGGUUGCAUGCUCAAGUAGCCAAGGUGUCUAAACGAUUCGCACAGCUUCAGGAACGAUUGAAACAGGAAGAGACUUCUGGUAACUGGGACGAAUACGAGGAAAUAAGGCGGCAAAUUCUACACGAUUAUAACGAAACGAAACGGGAUCCUGUACACAAGGAGACGAAACGUCGGUUUCAUUAUUUGCACGAAAAAUUGAGCCACAUCAAGCGACUGGUGUUAGAGUACGACACGCAAAACUGUACUGGCAACAUGAUGACGAACAGCAACAGCAACGGCAACGCGAAUGGUAGCAACGAGAUGAAGGGGGUGGACAGUUUGCACUACUGACACAAACUGAAAGGGCCGCCUGUUAUCCUCUACCUUUUCUCGGUUGCCGGUACGCUGCUGUCUUCGUUGUCGCAGAAUUUGCAUUUUCUCGGCAUGUUCCAAGGCUGAUCUUACGGUCCACAUGGUUCCUGGGUUCUAUCGCCGAAACAAGUCAAGUACUCUCCGAGUCGCCGGGGUUGCAAGAAGAAAAUAUUAAUUCCCAUCACAGUUGGAAACCUUUCACGCUGUUAACGACCGUGGGCGGGUCGAAGAUUUCUUAUAACACUGACUUGUGCGCGACUGUGAUCUCUUCGACUUACCGCGUGAUCGCCAGCGAUCCUCGAUAAACGCUCGCCUUUGCUACUUCGACCAAAAUGGUAAAAACACACCGAUGAGGGGCUUUACGACAAUCGGUACGUUUGAAGAGAAGAAAAAGAAGAAAGGAAGUAAAAGAAAACAUUUAAAAAAAAAAAAAAUAAAAAAAAAAUAGAAAAUCCAUCCGAAGAGAGAAAACGAAGAUAAGAAGAAUGGAGGAAUUCGCGGAGAAAGCCAGGUAUACAUGAACCAGGCGAGCUGAAAGUACGCAGAGAAAUUAUCUUUUUUUGUUUAAAUCUGUCCUCCGACGAGACAGGGGAUGAUUAUGGGAAGAGGUGAAGAUAGAAGGCAUAUUGUGAGAAAGCAGUAAAUUAAUUCUAUUAAUUAGUUACUUACCGUGCGCACGUCCAAGUGUGUCGUCCAGUUUAAGAGUACGAUAGAUUAAAAUGAUAACCACAAUUGCGAAUGUGAGAAGUGGGUCCAAAAAAAGGUAGUAGGGGCUUAUCACGUGCCACGUCCGGAGGAGACUGUAUUUCCUUUUUUCCGCCGGAAGGAAAAAAGAUGGCUCGACUAGCAGAGACUGUCCACGAGAAUUCGCGUAUGAAUCCUACACGAAGAACCGCGUGCUGUCCGCUCAUUUUUCUUUCUAUCUUUUUUCUCCUCCGUUUCUUUCUUGUUUCCUUUUCUUUGUUUCUUUUUUCAAGCAAAAAGCUAACUGGAUUAAUCUACAGCUAAGGAGAGAGAGAGACCUUUACGUUUCGUCAAUCUAUAGGACGAUCCUUUGUUGUUUCUUCGUUCUUUAAUUUCUUCACCGUUCGGGCUACCUUAACUGGUAAGCAAAAUGGCACAACUUACAAAGAGAGAAAAACAAAAAAAAAACAUACACACACACACACACACAAAUAAUAUGCAAAGAAAGUAGAGACGAGGUUUUAUUAAGUACUACUCUUUUGUGUCUCUUAGAAUUUACCUGCCAUAAAGUGAUAUAAUCGAGCGAAUCAAUUUAAUUCUAAAUUGAAAAGCCACGAUAGAAGCAGAACUGAAACUAGAAACGGGCCUUUUGGCCCUUCUGAUUCGUGCGAUCAAUAGUUUCCGGUUGUGUAUGUCGUACGCUAGAGUAGAUCCAUUUUUAUACAAUUACAGAUAUUUUAAAUUAGUCAUCGAAAGGGAGAAUGCUCAGCGCCAUUCGUGGAUGUUGUACACGCGGAAGGGUUAAAAUAAACAACAAAAAAAAAGAUAGAUAAUAAUUAAAACAAAAAAAAAAAUACGAAGAAAGAUAAAGUCGAGGUAUUAGAAACGGACAGGUUUCGUAGUAAUUAUUUAAUCGUUGACGACGAUGAAUAUAUAGUAUACAAUAUUGUACAUUAUGCGCCAAUAUUACGCGUACCAUUAUUAUUAAUGACGAUGAAUACCAUUUAAUAUUAUUAUAUCGAUGCUACUGCUAUUAUUAAUUAAUAUUUUUCGGAUAAGUAGAUAAAUAGGCGAGAUAUCUUCGUUAGAACCUAAAAUACUGGAACGAAAGGAAGAAACGAAGUUUAAAUAUAUAUUAUCGAGCCGAUGUUUUCCAUUGAAUGCGAAUAACGAAAGUUUAUGAUGUUAAUGUUUCCAGUGUCUUUUGUUUUUAUUUAAACAUUAUCUGCUGUAUUUUGCUUUCAAAUUGUUUUUAUCGUACGGUAGCUUUACUUAUUACUGUUAUGUCCGAUCGUUUUGUUCCGUUUUCUUUGUUCGAUCGAUUUAGAGUUGCCUUUUUUCCUUUUUUUAAUUUCUACACGAACGUUCUUCCACGUUUCGUCAUUUUAUUUCACGUUUGAUAAGCGUUUUGUGAUAAAUCGAACGGAGACGAAGGACUAUCAAAAGAAAGUGUGAUUGCUGAAUGAUCUAAUGAUUCUUCAUUGUUAUCCAUUUCUUUCGCGUGAUCUUCCAAAACAAAAACGACGUUGAUUCGAAAGGAUUUAGCGAAUUAUCGCUCGUUUCUGUUCUUGUUGCGAUUACCUGCGUUUUCUGUUUCGUGGAUUAUCGCCUUUGAACAAGUGAACGAAUUUUCAUUGUUCAGUAACAUUUAUUCUUAUUCAGGCUUAUAGAAGUAGGAUUUUUAAAAUUAUUAAUCGACCAAUUAUCUGAAUUUUCUGAUACGAUUGUUUCAUCGAUAGAAAUUUCGUACUGUAUUUUUUACUGAAAUUUUAUCUUACACUUUCCUCAUUUUAUACUCGAGUUCAUUUUAAAUGAAUUUCUUUGAUAAGCAAUUUUAUGAAGCGAUUAACUACCAUUAUGCAUGUUUCUGUACAAUGGAAAUCGAGAUACGAUGGCGUUUCUUUGGCCUUAACGAGCAACGAGCGAAAAGAACCUUCGAUUUUGUUUUCCAAGAUCCGUUGUUUGCUGUUUUAUAAACAAUCCGUGCAAUUUGUUUGCUCAUUUACGUACUAUAUAUCCAAGUUGACCGGAGAAUAUCGAGGUACGUUGCACAUUAUCGGCGACGACCAUCGAUUGGUAUUUCAAAAUAUUAUUCUAAAGAAAGUGAAUUCGACGUCGGUCGAGAAGAGAAAAGGAAGAAAAGAGAUAAUUGUUUAAAACGUUAACUCUUUGCGACGGGAAAGAAAAAAAGAUAGGAUCGUCGGUGGGGAAUGCAUGGCACAGUAUUGACAAGUAUUUUCUACUGGUUGUAACGAAUUUUAACGAAAUGCAAAGCACACAUGAGAAAAAAAAAAGAACGUCAGGAUAAAUAAUUUAACCUAUUUUUAUAUAUAAAUAUAUGAAAACAAAUAUAUAUAUCUAGAUAAAUAAAAAUUAAAUAUAUAUAUAUAUAUACAUAUAUACGAUUAUAAAAUUCUAUCGUGUGUGUGUUCAUAGAUAAAAGGAAGAAUUGUAAAAUAUCUAAUACGAAGUAUAUAUGGGUUGUAAUUAAUGGUACUAGGAAUCAGUUGAUAUAUUUCGUUGUUAUAAACUGAACUACGUAUCGUUUUUUUCUUUCUCUUUUUUUUGUAGAUAAUAAUAUUAUAGGCAUCUUAUUUUCUCUUUUGCUCACGUUUUCCUUGCAAUUACGAAAAAAUAAAUAAAAGUGAAAAUGUAAUAAAAAUUCUGAAAUAUUGAUUCGUUGCGUUUCCUUUCACUAUCUCUUAUCUCAUUCAUAUUAAUCAUCGUUCUUACGAAGCAAGGCUGGCGUACAGUGGACAGAGAACAGUAUAUAUUAAAAAGUUCGACAGGUAUUUGUAUAAUAAACCCAGAACAACACAACUACGAAAAUAAAUAAAAAUUUCCAGGCAUUUUUCUUCUUCUUUUUAAUUUUAUUUUACGAUCACACUGUCAUACUGUGCCAUAUAUAUUCUACUUCGGUGUACGAUGGUUCAAUAGAGAAAGAAAGAAAUCCAUAGAUUUCUUCUUUCGUAGAAAUUAUGAAUUUGGUCCAUGAUUUUUCUUGUAUUCUCCUCUGUUUUAUUUAUUUUUCCAUAAAGUAAUCUAUAUUCUGCUAAAUGUGAAUGAACUCGUGGAUUGAAUUCAUAUUUUAUCGAAUUACUUUACAAUUAAAUAACAAGCGGAUACAGAGAAAUUAAUUUAUUUUACAAAAUUGCACAGUGCAAAACAGCAAACACCGAUCCUCUGUUGCUACGUCGAUGUAGCUACCUUCUAGUAUUCUACCCAAAGAAUUAACAAGUCGAAUUACCGAUCUGAUAUCAAACUUUCACCUUUAACAAAAAAUUGAUUCGCUAUAAUCAAUCAAAACGAACGCAUUCUGCAAAUUACAUUAAUGUUCGUUACGUGCUUUGUUCGCACCUUCGAAGUUAAUCAAAAUUCCAAGUGAUCAAUCUUUUGCUUUCACCCUGUCUCAUCUACUUCUUUCUGUAACAUUGUUACUUUUUUACCGUCCAAUAAAUUACAUCACGUUAAAGGAUAGGUUCGGAAUUUUACAACGUACACGCGUUUUUAGAAGCCCUAAAACACAUAGGCCAGGAUUAAAGUGCACUCGAGCAAUCCAUCUUUCGAUGACCGAAUCUAUGAGAAAUAUUAAACAGACAGUGCCAAAGAGACUGAGGUAAAAGACACUCAGAACUGUAGUAAAUACUUACAUAGAGAUCCAAGUGCAACUUAAUUAAACGAUGCAAUAAACACGCGUUUCCGAUGCGUGUCGCAAUUUCUAAAUGAGAUUUGAUAAGAUGUCCGCACGCGAUACGACGAUGUUCGAAUGUGAAAAAGAGAAGGAAGAGAAAAAUCAACGGGCUUGUCUGACAAAUUGUUCUUUCAGGCUCAUGAAACUGUUAUAGUUCGCGGAUGUAAGUGCUCUUAACAAUGCAUUUGAUAACUCGUAACCGAUUAUGAUUUCUCGAGGAUUGAACGGUUUCUUUUUCUCAACUUCCUUAGGUAUUUGGUAGUUAAAAUUAGUUAUCGAUAAUGAAAUAUCGUAGCCAAGUAUCGUAGAUCGCGCGAUCGAUACGCGCCUUCGAAAUUAAUCAAAAUUCCAGUCGAUCAAUCUUUUGCUUUCACUUUCUUUUCUUUACCUUAUUUUUCGUAGUUAUUAAAAUUCCUUUCCAUUGCAUUUUAUUCGUCAUCGAGCAAUAGCAGUGCCUUCUUUCCUUUUUCGUUACCAAAAAUCCCCCUCGCAUCUGUUAUCAAAGGACUGUGGUUCCUUUAUUCGUUUUUUAUCCUCGUUUUUAUGAACUGUACUAGUGCAAAAAGAAAUAGGUGUCUCUGUACCCUUUUUUUAUCGAUAGGUUUCUUGGAAAACCCUUGGAACGAUGAACUUAUUAUCGCGUGAAGAUCGUUGAAGCAACAAGAUCGCGAAUAGCGAUUCACGCUCUAUCACAAAAGAUAUAUACGUAGUGUCUUAUCGUCUAAGUGUCUAUCGAGUGAUAUUUAACUUGAAGUAGAAGAUAUAGUUCACGUGAAUCGAUGUGUUAUUGACUCGCUCGCAUUCUAUCGAUUCUAAUUCGAUAAUAAUGUUACAAAUGUUUUUCGUCUCUCUCUCUUUCUCUCUCUUGUACAGUUUCCUUGAUUUGCGCGAAACUUACGGUCGAAAUGAAAAGAAAAAGAAAAAAAAAAAUAAGAGCAGAAAAUCCAAGUGCCAAUU